UUGCCUCCGCCUGCGGAACUUGGAAAAAUGCUGUAUUCCUGUCCUGGCAGCACUCAUCUGUGGCCAGUAAAGAGAAAGCGGACUUUGAAGAUGAAACAUCUUCUUCCCCUCUUCUCUUCCACCCUGGCCAUCUAUUGCUUCUGCAUGUUACAGAUCCCCUCUUCAGGAUUUCCCCGACCCUUAGCUGAUCCUCCGGAUGGCUUGGAUAUUGUGUGGCUUAAGGAUGAUCAAGAUGUACGCAAAAGGUUUUUAUUUCACUACUCCAGAACUCAGGAGCCGACACAUCCAGUUAAAACUGGGUUUCCUCCCGUGCACCCUUUAAUGCGUCUGGCUGCAAAGCUCGCCGAUAGAAGGAUGAAAAGAUUCCUGCAGCGCGACUCGGGGGCUGCGGCAGUGGACUUUACCAGGAAGGAUCACGCUGCCACCUUGGGACGAGCAUUCUUCCUUUUCAGGGCAAGGAAUGGAAGAAGCAUUGAAGAUAAUGCCGGGUAGGAUAGUCCAAGAAUUCAGUGGCAAAGGAAAGCUGGAUCAGAUGAGGCAACGGAGCAAUUAUUUUGAACAAAUGUCAAAUUUUUCUGUGAACAAUACUUAAAGAUGAUUCUCUCACUCUGUGCUCACUAGAAUAUCAGUUGUAUAAAAAAUAA